GUGCGAAAACCACUAGAGGCCGCUGUGGUGUCGAAUGGGUACAAAUUGCGACAGUCGUUGCUCAUUGACGGCUGAUGAUGACCUGUCCACACAGCCAGUCAACAACAAACAUGGCAGCCGGCGGCAGCGACUACUGGGAAGGUUUGCGUAAACAGGCCAGACAGCUGGAGAAUGAGCUGGACCUUAAGCUGGUGUCCUUCAGUAAGCUCUGCACCAGCUACUCCAGCAGCAGCCGGGACCAACGAACAAGAGACAGCAGGUCUGACUCUGGCUCAUAUCAAGACAAUAUUCUCGUGGCCAUGACUACUGAGCUGGAGCAGCUCCUGGCAAAUCUUACAGCAGUCAAUGACAAAAUGGCAGAAUACACAAACACUCCUGGAGUGUCGUCACACAACGCAGCACUGAUGCACACGCUGCAGAGACAUCGAGAUAUUCUACAGGACUACACCCAUGAAUUCCACAAAACCAAAGGCAACUUCUUUAGCCUGCGAGAGCGAGAGGACCUGCUGGGCUCCGUUCACAGAGACAUUGAGUCCUACAAAAGCAGCUCGGGGGUGAAUAACAGAAAGACAGAGCUCCUCCUGAAGGAGCACGAACAUCUCAGAAGCUCAGAUCGGCUUAUCGACAAUGCAAUAAGCAUCGCCAUGGCUACCAAAGAGAACAUCACAUUUCAGCGUGGGAUGUUCAAGUCCAUUCAGACCAGGGUCACAACUUUGGCCAAUCGCUUCCCCACCAUCAACGGUCUCAUCCAGAAGAUCAAUUUGCGCAAGAGGCGUGACUCUUUAAUCCUAGGCGGGGUGAUUGGCGUCUGCACCAUCCUCCUGUUGCUUUACACGUUCCACUGAGUCACCGCUCAGCUGACUGACGUUGUAACUCAGUCCAACUGUUGCCAAGAAACUAUUAUUUUUUUAAAUGUUCAUGAUUUUGUAUCCUUCUAUUGUGAUUCACUUUACAUAAACUCAACAGUUAAGAGAGAAUUUAAAGAUGUAUGACAUUAAUAACAAUUCUUAAUUGAAAGUAAUCAUUUUGCCCCUCAGCUCUCACACUGCAGAGUUUUAUUUAUUUUUCAGAUCUGGGAAUUUAUAUAUUGCUGCUUAUAGCCUGUUGUAAUUUUAAAAAUCUUUAUAAAUGUAUGAGGUCAUAUUCUAAUGGGAUGUGUACUGUUCAUGUCGUACUUAUACUUAUACUUAUAUAUAGUAUCGGCAGUGCCAAAUAAUAAAAUAAAGAUGAUGAGCUCA